AUGAGCUCUCGACUCUUUUCGACUUUUGCCUCGCGUGCUCGCGGCGCAGCCAAGACCGCUGCCCCGCUCCGACGGGGUAUUGCAACUGCGGCACGCAAGCCCCAGUCCCGCUGGGUCGCUGGGUCCAUUGCCGUCGCCGUCCCUGCAUACUUGUUCCUCUCGCGUGAGCCUAUCCGCCUCGAUUCCGCCAAGGUGCAGACCGUCGCAACUGGCAAGGGCGUGCCCGUUUCCGAGCUGCUGAAGCGCGUCGACGGACCCGAGGUGUGGGUCGUGAUCAACGGCAAUGUCUACGACAUGACCGAGUUUCUCGACGACCACCCCGGUGGCCGGGACGUCAUCGUCGCCAACAAGUCGCACGACGUCACGCCGCUCUUUGCGCCGCGACACCCGACCAACCAGCUGGACGGCGAGAACCUGCCUCCGUCCGUGAAGAAGAUCGGCCCGUUGGUGGGCACCGAGGAGGAGCUGGAAGAGAUCAAGCUCAAGAUAUCGGCAGAGCAGCUCGCCGAGGAGGAGCGCAUCCGCACUGCCCGCGCCGAGUUUGAGGCCAAGGGCCUUGGGUCCGUGAUCAACAUGGCCGACUUUGAAAAGGUCGCCGAGCCGCUGCUGUCCAGCCUCGCAUGGGCGUACUAUGCCAGCGCCGGCGACGACGAGAUCACAAAGAUCGCCAACGCUACUGCAUACCAGAAGGUCCUCUUCCGCCCGCGCGUUCUGCGAAAGGUCGCCGAGUGCGACGCGAGCACCGAACUCAUGGGCUGCCCCUCGAGCCUGCCAGUGUUCAUCGCGCCCGCAGCCAUGGCCAAGCUCGGCCACCCUCUGGGCGAGAUCAACCUCACCCGCGGAGCAGGUUCCACGGGUAUUAUCCAGGCUAUCUCCUCCAACGCGUCGUGCGGCAUGGACGAGAUGCUCGAGGAGCGUCUCCCAGGCCAACCGCUCUUCUACCAGCUCUACGUCAACCGCGACCGCGCCAAGGCCGCCGAGCUGAUCAAGAAGAUUGAUGCGGGCAAGUUUGACGCCAUCAUGCUGACGGCCGACGCGCCCGUGGGUGGCAAGCGCGAGCGCGACCUGCGGCUCAAGGGCGAGUUUGAGGGGCCCGCCGGCGGCGUGUCCGAGAAGAGCGACGACACGCAGGGCGUCUCGCAGGCCAUGUUUGCCGGCGUCGACCCCAACCUGUGCUGGGAGGACAUCAAGUGGGUGCGUACCCUGACCAACAUCCCCAUCAUGGUCAAGGGCGUGCAGACCGUCGAGGACGCGCAGAUGGCCUACGAGGCUGGGUGCGACGGCAUCAUCAUCUCCAACCACGGCGGCCGGCAGCUGGACACGACGCGCCCGGCCCUCGACGUGCUCCUCGAGAUCCGCCAGUGGGCGCCGCACCUCCUGCGUCCCGAGUUCCGCGGCUCGACGGGCGCGUCGCGCGAGCUGCUCGCCGACCCCAAGCGCCUCACGGCCAAGGACGAACCCGACGCGAUCGGGCCCCUCCAGCACCGUUUCGAAAUCUUCAUCGACGGCGGCGUCAAGCGCGGUACCGACGUCGUCAAGGCGCUGUGCCUCGGGGCCAACGGUGUCGGUAUUGGCCGUGGGUUCCUGUUCGCGCAGAGCGUCGCAGGCGAGGAGGGCGUCGAGCACGCCGUUGGCAUCCUCAAGAGCGAGAUUGAGCUGGCCAUCCGACUCGUGGGCGCCAACAAGGUCUCGGAGCUGCGCCCAAGCAUGGUCGAGGUCAAGAAGGACUAG